UAUUAUUACAAGCAUGGAUAAUUUGGAACAGCAGAGUACAAAUGACAUUGAUACCACGUCAGCAAUAGAUUUUUUAUCGUUAUAUUCAGCCAUACAACACGAUUAUGAGAGGACUCACAUUUCAAAUAUAAUUAUACAAUUAUUGCAAAAAUAUCAACCAAAAAAUGAUAUUAAUGCAUAUAAACAUGUACUGAGAGAAGUCUAUGAUUUAUUAGAAGAUUAUGGUUUUCAAAACAAGCAACAACUACUCUCAAUGAUACCUUCUCCAAACAAUAUAUCAGAUCAUACGAUUAAAGGAAUGUUCCGUACAGUUACAGGUUUCACUAAACUCAAUCUGCUGGAAAAUAGCAGCAAUAUGUUUCAAAGUAUAUUUGAUAUUAAAAAUAUGGACAGAAAAAUGGAUAGUAUUUCAUCACCAAAGCAAAGUUUUAUGUACGAUAAGAAUGAAUCGGAUUUUAAAUCGUUUUCCGAAGCUUUUUCUUUCCGAGGUUUUUCUAAGAGUGAAAUUUCCAUGAUUCCUAGUCAUAUAAGAAACGCGGAUUUAUCAAAUCAUCAUCUAAAUGAUAAUUCAAAGAAUUGGCUGGAGAGAAAUAAUAAGUAUCAAAUGUCAUUUUAUCAGCAAUACCUGCUUAACAAGAAAUAUUGUCCACCUGCUAAAAUUAAUUUAUGUAAUACCAUUGGCGAGUCACAUCUUUGUCACUCAUCACGAACAGAAUAUCAGGACAUAUGUAUGAAGAUGUGUAAUAAUGUUGACAGCAUAGCAAACAUAGCAGAUUCACGGCAAAAUAAGAUUCCCCCAAAAUUUGUGAAUAACGUUAAAUGUGAAUAUAAAAAAUAUAUGUUUGACAAAGAUAAAAAAUCUAGCAUGUCACACAAGAUUAUCGAUGUUGAUCAAGACGCAACAAUUAAGCAGACAAUUAAAGAUGAUAUAUAUAAAAUGGAUGUGUGUUGGACCGAAGAUCAGGAUGUUAUCAUAAAUACGGAUGAUCUCUUACCAACUGCGCACAAUAAACUUAAAACGAGUUUAAACAAUUUUUUAAAACGAGCACAAGAAGGAAUUUUUGUUGAAUUGUCAAUUUUCCCACGCAUCAGAACAUAUCCACAAGUGGAAUCUUUGAAUAAGAUGUAUUUUCCAUCGAAAAAUCUAAAACCUGGAACACCACAAAAAGUUUUAAGGCAGGAUUUAUCAUGUAAUGUUUCAAAUAGCGAUAACAACAGCUGCUUACUUUUAAAGCGGCAAAAUACAGAUAACACACAAAAGAAUCCGAGAGAAUUUGUUGAAACAAAACAGAAAGUUAUUACUUACGAUAAUAAAUUGCAAAAAAAAUUUAGUUCUCAAGAAUUCAAUAAAAUAACUGAAUUACAAUUACAACAAAAUAAUUUAAAUUACAAAAUGAAAAAGAAAGUAGCUACGUUGGAAUACAAAGAGAAAAAUGUAAAAAACUCAAAACAUGGAUGCGAAAUAGUAGAAUCAAAAUCAAAUAAUGUAAAUUCAGAAGACAAUUUUCAAGCUCGCUCAAUGGUUCAACUAGCUACAUACAAGAAACGAUAUUACGAUACGUUAUUGAAUGUUCAGAGAGCGAAAGUUGCAAUAUCGAAUUCUUUAAUGUCUUCCUCGGAUCAUUUAACAGCCUAUGAUGAUCCGCAUUACUCGAAUUAUAUGUGUCAUCAGCAACACUUGCUUCAUCAACGUCAUUUGAUAACGAGGCCGCAAUUUUCGAUGUAUCCGGUGAAUUUAUCCGGAUUAUCGAGCGUGUACUGUAAUCAAUACAGUUGGACAAGAUCCAUCUGUAAAUAUUUAUUAUUGAAGCAGUUAAAACUUCAACGGCAGACUUCGCCUCUGUAUGCCAGUAAUCAAAGGUAAGUCAUUUAUGUGCUCAACAACUGAAGUAUAUCGGAAAUAUGACUUUUAUGUUUAACAUUGGAGACUUAAUUAUUUGUGAUAUUUCCGCGAUUUCUUCAUUCUUCAAGCGAUUGGAUUCAUCAUUAUGUCGGAAACGUGUAUCCUUAUACCUCUAUAGCAAAAGGAAGCGAUAAAACGAAAUUCUAUGGACGCCGUAAAAACUUGGAGGACAUAGUUGGAAAAUUGAAAGAGACUGAACACAAUAAUCUUAACGACUGAUUUUUCUACAUUAAUUCGAUGAGAAAUUCCACUGAAGUUGCACGCAAAUAAUGACAUUCUUCUUAAUUCUUAUGUAAUAUCUUCGAAUAUUAAUUUAAAAUUUUAAAAAUUGACAUAAUAGAGAUAAAAAUAUUAAAAAUUCUGGUAAUUAGAGAUAUUCUGUAUGUAAGCUCGAUAUGGAUUUUAUUCUAAAUAUUCAUCUUUUGCAUUAACCUUGUGUUGAAAAUAAUUAUUAUGUACUACGGAAAGAUUAUCAUUUGUAAUCUUAUAAUAAUCUCGAUUUAUAUACACUGUUAGAUACUUCGAAUCCUUAUAAGGCGUGAUUUUUGUAAAGUUGAAUAGAUCGCGCAGAUUUUGAUAAUUCCGUCUGUAUUUCGGACGAUUGCGUGACAAUGUGAUUUUUCAAUAGCAUAUACGCAGAAUAUAAUGUUAUACUUAGCUGUCGCCAAUCGAGCCGUGUUUAACGCAUUUACUAACAAAUGUACAUUGUUCUGUUCAAGUAACAUUACACACACAAGGCUCACUCUGACUAGAUUUGUGAUAUAUUAUUAAGUAACAUACACAAUCACACGCACAAUUCCGCAGUCGAUAGUGUGUAAAUAUUCGCCAUUCAUUUACUCCUAGAUGUACAAAAUGAAUAUGUGAUAAUGCUAUAUAACUUAGGUGCUACGUGACUCAUGAAUCAUUUAUUGUCCAGAUCAUUCGCUAUCAGCUCAACAAAUCACCAAGAUACUGUGUGUGAUCGCAUGAUAUCUGCGUCAUAAUUUGGUAAUAUGUUUAGCCAUCUUAUUUAUUCAUAUCAAUUUUCAGACUUCUGCAAAGACAUUCAAAUCACGAUUCUCCUAACAGUCCUACAAUGUGUCGCUACAGUUUGAUGUUCACUAUAAUAAUUGGCAGCAUCACAUUAUUCAUUUUCAUGUAACUAAAUAUAUAAAUACAAUGACAUUAUAUAUUAUUAAUAUUUAAACACUACAUCCACAUAAAUAUUAAAACACAUUAGAAAUAUUCAAAUGAGACGAACACUUUGUAUUUAAGACAGGUAACGCAUUACAUGUGUGCAUCUAUUAUUUAACGAAUGAGGAAUUAGGCCAGUUGAAUUAUUUUGCUAGGAGAAUUAAAACGAAUCGACAGGAAUUUAUUCUAUGAAAUAGAAAAUUCCAAUUUUUGACAUCAUAAGAAACCAUUUCUCAAUUAAUAUAUUUGUUAAAAUACCCAUUUAAAUUUACAAUAAUUUUUCCUAUCAAUUCUUUCUAAUUCACCUAAUUUUUAAAGGAUCUCAGGUUAUAUACAGAUUUGGAUUGUCAUGCUAUCACUACAGGUCGUCAAUCGAGCUUAAUAUAUAAUGAAAUCUGCGUUUAUUAAUCAUAAUCGAAAUUUAUUGCCUGAAUGAUAAUUUAUUCAUACAAAUUCUAAGGAAACAGUGCUUUUCAUGUAUCACAAACAUACUGCUAUUUGUUAUUUAACUUCGUUGAAGCAAAUAAUUGCUGCAAAUAUCGAAGUCAAGUAAUAAUUUAAUCUAUAUAUAGUGAUAAUAAUGACUUUAAUCCAUUAGUUGUCCGUUAUUUGAUAGUAUUAUUUAAGAAAUAAUAUUUUUUUAUUAAAAAAAAA